UUGAAUCUUCUGCGAGGAUUGCUCCACAGAGAGAAACACGACGCUGGGUCCAUAAGUCAGCAAAGCAGGCUGCUGUCGAGGCACUCGCUGCAACGUCGGGGCGCCGAGAACAGAAUAAUAAGGCACAACGAUGAAGCUCAACAGGUGUAAUCCGGCGCAUUUGCGAGUCACAGAAGUGGCACUAGCCGUUUUUUUCACGCUGAGUGUGCCAGUGGCCGUGGCCCGCAUAGUGGAUAGCAGAGGGCAAAGCAGCGGCGGCGUCUGUGAGGACAUCUACAGGCGCUACAACGAGGAUCACAUACUGUGCCGACAGCCCGAAAGCGCAUGCCAGCCUGUCGCCUCUGGAGUCGAGGGCGCCGACAAGGACAUCAUCCUUGCCGCCCACAACAGAUACCGGAGUCAAAUCGCUACUGGAAACAACUCGAGCUUUCCGCAUGCUUCCAACAUGUUGGAAAUGGAAUGGGACGACGAUCUGGCAAGGGUGGCGCAGGCCCAUGCCAAUCUUUGCAGUAACCAGCCGUCCUGCUCGUCGUGCAUGAGAAUCGAGAAAUUCCCACACGUCGGCCGCACCGGUUGCUUAAUACGCACCGAUUCUGAAAACAACACGGCUGACUGGGAAGGUUGCAUAGGAUACAUGUACAAGGAGUCACUCAGGAUUCCCACCACGAGUUCAAAUACGCCAUUGAGGACAAUGCGUGGAGUCGAAAGUUUCACCCAGCUGGCUUGGGCGACAACUUGGAAGGUUGGAUGUGGCUACGUCAAGUACCCUUCGGGUUCGGCUCUUCGUUUUGAGAAGCUUUACACCUGUGCCUACGGCCCUGGUGGAAAUGUGCGAGGCGAAGAAGUUUACAAAGUUGGGACACCCUGCUCCGACUGCCCGGAAGGCACUUGCUGUGGAGGAUCGUGUCGGAGAUACGGGAUCACUCCGAUUCACAAUGGCUUGUGCAAGGUGGUCGACGAUGGGCCAGGUGUUCUCUUGGACGACGAAGACAAUUUGGUGUUCAGCUGCUUGUUCAACAAAGUCACUUCGCAUUGGUGCACCUUCCAAAGUGAACCGUUGAACGGUUGGACGACGAAGAGGUUCUUCGCAACUGGUUACGCCGAAUCCGUGCUCGAGGCUGGCCAGAGUGCGGAGAUGACCUUCGAGCGACCUAUCCAAUCGAGCAAUGGCCGGUUGUGCGUCGAGGUGGAGUACAAUAAGGGUCCCAACGUAGCCGGCACGCCCGAUCGCGGACUGUUCAACCUCGUUGUGACACCUGUUGAUCGGCCGGAGCGCCAGAGGACCAUCAACUUGUCCGGAGGAGCUACAAAUAUCAUGCGCAUGCUGAUUACGCUCAACUAUAACGUUGGCGUAAAGAUUGGCUUCUCAUUCGUGGUGCCAGGAGGAAGCCCGGCCCAGUACGUCAACAUUCACAAGGUUGCCAUUUACGAGAAAGCUUGCUCUGAGUGACGUGGUUAAUGUGCCACCUUCUCGAAUAAACAACUUUGUUCUGUUAUCCAAA